AUGUCCGACACCCCCGUUACUCUGCGGACUCGCAAGUUCAUUCGCAACCCUCUGCUUGGCCGCAAGCAGAUGGUCGUGGAUGUCCUCCACCCCAACCGCCCCAACGUCUCCAAGGAUGAGCUCCGCGAGAAGUUGGCUGACCUGUACAAGUCCAACAAGGACCAGGUCUCCGUCUUCGGGUUCCGCACACAGUACGGUGGUGGCAAGUCCACUGGCUUCGCUCUCGUCUACGACUCUGCCGAGGCCCUGAAGAAGUUCGAGCCUCACUACCGUCUGGUUCGCAUCGGUGUUGCCAGCAAGAUCGAGAAGCCUUCCCGCCAGCAGCGCAAGCAACGCAAGAACCGCUCCAAGAAGUUCCGCGGUACUGCCAAGACCAAGGGCCCCAAGAAGUCCAAGGCUUAA